AUGUCUCAAAGAUCCUCUUCCCUCCUCGCCACCAUCCGCACCGCCCUCGAUGCAUCACCCCCCGCCGUUGCCGAGCCAGGCACGCUGCGCCUCCACACCCUUUUCUCGAUUCCACGCCAAGUCAAGUCGCUCUACCCACUCGCACAUAUUCAUCCUCUCGAUCUAGAGUACAACAAAAAGGCCGCCACCAUCGGGGCCUUGGAGGAACAGAUCUUUGUCACGGCAAGCUGGGCACCUCUCCCUUCACACAAUGUCGAGCAAGCAGCAGCCAAGGCGGCGACCGACGAUGCACAGGGAGCGGAUACGAGACCGGCGCCGAAACAGACAGCGACGGACACAGCCGCACCACUGCUCAUCCUGGCCAUGGAGCUGUAUCUGUACACGAUCCCUGAACUCGGCUCGGCCGUGCUGUACGUGUCCAAAUUAGACUCGAGUGGAUAUGGGCCCAAAGCCAUCCCCACUCCGCUUCGAGAAGCCUUGUCCGGCCAGGUCUUUGCCGACGCCACCAGAUUCGGCAGCACCCUGACCGCAACGCUCAGCUCGGCAGUCACGCAGCACUUUUCGUCCUUCCGACACUGGGAUCAACCGGACCACAUCAGCACCUCCACCGUCACUGUAUCGCAUCUCUCAGUACACAUCCUAGCGCGCAGUCAGAGGGCCUACCUCUUCCCUUCCAGCCCCGAAAACAAAGACAAAAAAGUACUCUCGGAUGGCGGCCUCAUCAAAUGGUGGCGAGCUGUCAUGUCCGAUGUUGUCGUUACCACACGGGACGGAUCCUCGCCGGUGCGUAAAAGCGGUGACAUGAAAGGUGAGGUCAUCGAUGCCAGGGCAUACUAUGUCAUUCCGGGAUACAACAAGAUGGAGUCGCAUCCGCUUGUGCCGCUCGUCCGCGAAGGUGGCUCGGCAGCAGACCGAGUGCUAAACCAAGCGAAUUGGACAUACGGCCAUCCGUACAGCUCGGGCGGAGCAGAUUGUUCUUCUGCAGAUCUUCCGCCUCUGCCUCUGCACUGGCAGACGUCGAGCUUCAUCCUGUCCCAAUCAGCGCCGCCAAAGGUACAAACCGAUCCCGAGGCGAGCGACUACGACCCGAAGAAGGUUCGCACGGUACCGACGCUGAUGCCGCACUUUUCCGACGAUCCUAAGACGCGGUUCCUGGAUGAAAUGGCUAGAGAUGCACACGAGCAUUCUGGGUGGAAGAAGAAGACGGUGACCAGUAAUGGGAAUGGACAAGCGCAGGCCCAGGUUUCGACGCAGCAAGAGAAGGAGAAUGGAAUCGAAGAGCAGGUUGACGUAUCCGAGCUCAAGGGCCAAGAGGGCAAAGAUCAGACAGAGGAAAAGGAGAGCAAGAAGCGAGCUGCCUCCGACGACGCCCCACAAAACGAAAGCGAGAAGCGGGCCAAGACCGACUCAGCACCCUCCUCCUCGGGUGUGCCGCUCAUCACCCUCCGAGCACUCAUGCGCGAGCGCCAGGCGAUGGACGACCUACCCAUCGACGAGUUCUGGGAACGCAUGGGGUUCCGACAAGAGUGCUGCUCCGGAAACGCAGUCGGCGUACUUGUCAUCCUCUUCACCCGCCAACCCCCCUCAUCAUCAUCGCCACCGAUUUCGACGCAGGGUAUGGAACGGCAACCGUUGUCUCUGCCGUACAAAGUGUUGGGCGAUCUGGUGUUCAAGUCGCUCAUGAAGGAUACGUGCGAGUGGAACAAGGUCACCCUGGCGAGGCAGUUGACCGAGAGCUGGUUCCAGGGGGUCGAUCGCGAGGUCAGGCGGAAGGGUGGGGUGGCGCAGUUUCUGGGCGGGAAGGAGGAGCAGGAGAACGAGGGGAAGCUGAUUGGGCAGGGCACGAUCUGGAUGGAUGUUGUGUUGAAGGGGCCGAGCCAGGAGCAGAUGGAGAAGGCGAAGAAGGAGGUUGAGAGCAAUGGCAAUGGUGCAGUGACAGCAGCAGCGGGAGCGGGAGUGGGAGGAGCGGGUGGAGGUAGUGGAGCAACGACAAACAUGCUCAGUGUCAAACGUAAGAAGAAGCCUGCCGCCUCAUAG